CUCUCGUCGAAUUUCUUUUGUUUUUCCGGCGAGUCGCCGCUAGCCGCGAUCUCUAUCGGACUGCAUUCGGUCAGCUUUUUUUUUUCAACGUUAAUGAUGGCGGAGGACAGCGAAUCCGCCGCCAGCCAGCAGAGCCUGGAGCUGGACGACCAGGAUACAUGCGGGAUAGAUGGGGAUAACGAGGAGGAGAACGAGAACGCGCAAGGGAGUCCCGGAGGGGAAUUGGGGGCCAAGAAAAAGAAGAAGAAGCAGAAAAGGAAGAAAGAAAAGCCGAAUUCCGGAGGAGCCAAGUCGGACUCUGCCUCUGACUCUCAGGAGAUCAAGAAUCCUGGUUUGCCCAUCCAGAAGCUGCAGGACAUCCAAAGAGCUAUGGAGCUGCUGUCCUGUCAGGGCCCAGCCAAGAGCAUUGAUGAGGCAGCCAAGCACAAGUACCAGUUCUGGGAUACGCAGCCGGUGCCCAAGUUAAAUGAGGUGGUGACGGUUCAUGGGCCGAUUGAGGCAGACAAAGAGAAUAUCAGACAGGAGCCGUAUUCUUUACCUCAAGGCUUCAUGUGGGACACACUGGAUCUCAGCAAUGCAGAUGUACUAAAGGAGCUCUACACAUUGUUAAAUGAGAACUACGUGGAGGAUGACGAUAACAUGUUCAGAUUUGAUUACUCACCAAGCUUCCUCAAAUGGGCUCUACGGCCGCCUGGCUGGUUACCUCAGUGGCACUGUGGAGUGAGAGUCUCUUCAAAUAAAAAGCUUGUCGGCUUCAUCAGUGCCAUUCCUGCAGAUAUCCGCAUUUAUGACACGUUGAAGAGAAUGGUGGAAAUCAACUUUCUGUGUGUCCAUAAGAAGUUGCGCUCAAAGCGUGUAGCGCCAGUGCUUAUCAGAGAGAUCACGCGGCGAGUCAACCUGGUAGGAAUAUUUCAGGCAGUCUACACAGCAGGCGUCGUGCUGCCUAAACCAGUGUCCACAUGCAGGUACUGGCAUCGUUCUCUUAACCCCAGAAAGCUCGUGGAAGUCAAGUUCUCCCACCUGAGCAGAAACAUGACUCUGCAAAGAACAAUGAAACUCUACAGACUACCAGAUAACACAAAGACAGCGGGGUUGCGGGCAAUGGAACGGCGUGACAUCCGGCAGGUAACAGAGCUGCUUCAGAAGUACUUGAGACGAUUCCAGCUGGCACCUUCUAUGAGCGACGGGGAGGUGGCUCACUGGCUCCUACCGCAGGAAAACAUCAUAGACACUUAUGUCGUUGAGGGUGCUGGUGGCAUCUUGACCGACUUUGUUAGUUUCUACACGUUGCCCUCCACCGUGAUGCAUCACCCCCUCCAUAGGAGCUUGAAGGCCGCAUACUCCUUCUACAAUGUUCACACGCAAACGCCGCUACUGGACUUAAUGAAUGAUGCACUGAUCCUUGCCAAACUGAAAGGUUUUGAUGUGUUCAAUGCCUUGGAUCUAAUGGAGAAUAAAAGCUUUCUGGAGAAGCUCAAGUUUGGUAUAGGCGAUGGAAAUUUGCAGUAUUACCUCUACAACUGGAAAUGUCCCUCUAUGGACGCUGAUAAGGUUGGCCUGGUUCUACAGUAGCCCUGUGCCUUUGUGGCUGCUACACACACGCACACACACGCAAUCACACUCAAUGAGGACAUAAAGUCUGGCCAUUAUGUACCCUGCACACACAGGUCACUCGAGCCAGAUAACUGUGGGAAAACAACUUUGUUACCUUGAAGAUCCCCACCCCGGUGAAUUUUUUCAACCCACUUGGAGGUGAAAGAAAAUCAAUCAAUUAAAAAUACAACAAAAAAAAACUGUUGCAAUCCUCAACAUUCUGAAUGUGAACGUCAUGUUAUGCCUGAGACGUACGCUCACAUUUGAAACAAAGCAGUGUGGCAUGCGCGGAGAUCACCGGCAACAAGUAAACGUGACGACAAAUGAGCAACUUUUCUCUCUUUUUUUGGAAGUUUUGAUUUCCUUCCAUACAACUGCGCCUCAGCUAUAGAGGCUGUUCAUGCUGUGCAUAUCAUUCCUCUGCCAGGUACUUUGAUUUAUUAUGUUCUAGGUACAUACACACUUGUAUGCUGUCAUACAGUCAUAAAACCAAGUGGUGUAUUGACAUUUUUUUAAUUGAAAUAACUCAAUGGCUGUCUAUCGCUGUCAGUGACAGCCAGUGAGUUAAGUCACCUGUACAGCAUGAUGCCAUGCACUCAUUUGGGGACUUUUUUUCUUUGAAUGAAGAAUGUAUUACAAAAAUGAAGCACAAUUUUUCAGUUUAGAAAAUGUCUAGGUGGCUCAAGAUUGAGAACCUGCUUUGGUACUUCUAAGUCUUAAAGUAAGCUGCUAUCUUGUUACAAUACUCAUGUAUUAAAUAGCCUUUGGGUGGGGAACACUUACCAACAAAUAUCAAUACCCGUUAUAUUAACUACUCACAAAAAUAUUGGGAGACUAUCGGGCUUUUUUCCCCCCUGAAAUUUCAGUAUAUUUUAAAUUGGCAGCUGAAAGCCCAAUAUUCCCAUUUUUUUUGUGAGUAGUUAUGUAUAAUUUCAUACAUUUAGUAUGAACUUGGAGGUCUUUGUCAAAACUUAUCCAAACCAACAAUUUUACACACAAAUACGUCUUUUCAACCAAAAUCAGAGUUGCAUGUCUGCAUUUAACCCUUUAUAGGGCAAGUGGGUACUUUUGGUAAUUUUAAAAAAUGAAACUUAAUCCUGUAAAAACCUGGCGUCCACGUGUGUAUGUAUAGCCUACAUGACCCAAAAUGUUAUAUCCCCGUAUGUGGACGCAAGGCAUGAGUUAUAGCUAUAGAUAAAAUGAUAAUGUUAUUUAAAAACUAAAUUAAACAGAAAUACACUCUGGUUAUGACACCCAGUAACACUGGCCUGCCAAUGACAACGAUAGACAUCCAAUUUAAACUAGGAAGAGUGGCAUUAAAUGUUUAACUUUCAGUGGUACUGACGGCACCAGUCAAAAUGGACUAGGUGUCUCGUGCCAUCAAUGUCAACCAAUGACUUUAGUUAGUGCCCUAUGAAGGGUUAAGGCAACACAAGCUGAAAACAAAGCCAUUACAAAUGUGAGUCAAAGAAAUCAAUUAUUUGCAAAACAAUAUUCUCUGUCUUCCUGUUAUGGUUGGGACAAUGUUGAGUCUUGCGGGAAAGAGCUUUUUCUUUGUUCAGUCAAAAUAAGCUGCUUGAAAGCAUUUUUUUCCCCGUGUCAUUUUCUAUGUAAAUGUGCUGUCAAUUGCAUUCCCUGUGUAAUGAUUCAUUCCAGAGGAAAAAAAACAACAUUCGUGUGAUAUUUGCUCAUGUCGGCUUUCGAGUCAUAUUGUCUGAAACUAAUCUACUGUAUUUUCUUUUUUAAGUCGUGGCGUGCAGCUAAAAUGCAUGAGGAAUGUUCUGUAUAAUUUAUAAUUGGACAGUUGUCCUCAUUACUGAAAUCUAGUCAGGGCAACCAGAGAACUGUGAUAUUAUUUGGUCAAUCUUGCUGUUUAUUUUAAAGUCAGCCGCUUCUGUUUCGUUCUCAUCUUCGGGAAUGUUUGUUGUCUUCUUAUUGCGUGCUUUUCCUCUCCUCCCUUUACUAAAGAUGAAGAAAGCACAGGCUGCUUGAGUCAAACUUUUUUUUUUUUUAAGAUAUGUUGAAACCUUGCGUGAGUCGCAUUCACCAGGAUGGCCGAACUUUUUAUGUACCAUAUGCUGAUGCUGGUUGUGUCUCCAAAAUGUGUGAAUGUUGCUGCAGUGAUUGUAGUAUCAAUGUUACUAGCCAUGCUCUUUAGUGACAACUCUGCCCUGAGAACUUGCCUUAUUUGGAAGAUGUUUUUUUUUUUUUUUCAAAGAGUACGAUGGAAUGGGGUAUUACGCAUACAGCUUUAUCAAAAUGAAGAACAAUAUUUUUAUUCAAAUCCAUUCUAAGCUGUGAAAAAGGCUGACAGAACUUGUACCAGCAUCAUUUUAGACCAUAUGACGCCAUGCAGUUAACAAUCUGUUUCAACAAAUGCCGCCAAAACCAGCAUGGAUAUUUGAAUAAAUUCACAUGAAAAAAAAAAAAAAAUCAAGCCUGAACUGACUUUUCAUGUUUUGCAAUUUUAGACAAGCUGUGGUGUAUCUGUGAUGUGAUGGCUUCGUUUAUCCAUUUUGGAGGUAAGUAGAGGUUUUCAUUGUUUUUAAGCACUAUUUGAGGGAUCAAGUUGAUGAAAAAUACCCUUGUGGGAUGCUUCUUGACCUUUGGUUUGUCUUGGUUUUGGAAAGUAAACCCCUUUUCCACUGGCGAUACUAGAAAUGAAGGGGCUCCAAGUGUCUUAGCGUCUACAAAAAUAAUUACAUUGUAUGUGCUAAAAUUUUGUUGGCAUGAGAUUAAUAAAGUUUUCAACAUGUGAGCUAGGGAUGUCCUUGAUUUGA